AUGGAAGUCCAGUUAGAAGAAAAGGGAGUUCUAGAGAGCAGAGGUUUGGUUUGGGUUAAACACCCAAAGCUGGCUUGGGCUCCAGCCACUAUUUUAAGAAGAGAGAAUGAAGACUUUGUGGCCAGAGUUGAAGAUGGUCUGGAGGUGAGGAUUACUCGUGAGCAUGCCGAGAUGCACUCUGUUCAUAAGUCAAGUCUAUCUGGUAUACCCAAUCUCCUUGUUUUGGGAGAUUAUUGCGAAGGAGCUCUUCUACAUAAUGUAAGAACCAGAUAUUAUCAGGACAACAUAUAUACUUGCAUAGGGAAUCUUAUAUUAAUCAGUAUUAAUCCAUAUAAGGUAAUCCCUGAGCUUUAUGGUAGAAAUCAAUUUAAUCUAUAUAGAAAUGGCUUGGAGUCCAUUGGUUCCACGAGCUCUGGCAAAAAGGCCAACCAAAACAAUAAUGAUCAAUCCAGUGGACUACCGCCCCAUAUAUUUAAGACGGCUCAAAAUGCUUAUGAUUCCUUAUUUAAGGAGAAGAAGAGUCAGAGUAUCAUAAUUACGGGAGAAAGUGGAGCAGGAAAAACAGAGGCUACGAAGAUCAUUCUUUGUUAUUUAGCAAAUAUACAAAGGUCUACAUCUUCCUGUGAUUUUGCUGGUGGACGUCCCAUUUCUAUCCCAAGCCCUUCCAUUUAUUCCCGUACUCAGAGCCCUGUCAGUUCUUUGUCUCCAAAGAAGGAUGACUCGUCAAUAGAGAGCCUUGUAUUGAGGAGCAAUCCAAUCCUUGAGGCUUUUGGGAAUGCAAAGACAAUUAGAAAUGACAACUCAUCUAGAUUUGGAAAGUUUAUUGAGAUCUACUUUGAUGCCACUGGAAAGCUUAGAGGUGCUUCCAUUUCAAAUUAUCUUUUGGAGAAAUGUAGGCUUACUAACCAACAAGAAGGAGAGAGGAAUUAUCAUAUAUUUUACUGCCUUGCAGCAGGUUUAUCCAAAGGGAUUUUCCCUGAAGCAUUUUUAAAAGAGCUUAAUAUUCAUUCCCAGGAGGACUUUUCAAUCAUUAGGGAGAGUAUUGAUAUCCCUGGAAGAGAUGACUCUAUUGAAAUGAAAGAAGUUUUGGAAUGCUUAAAGUGCAUUGGAAUUUGUGAGUCUGAGAUCUUUGAGAUCAUGAGAGUAUGUGCUGGUAUACUACAUCUUUGCAACUUUGAUUUUAUUCAAGAGAGUGCAGGUGUUCCUCCUAAUGUAUACAGGGACCAGAUGGGAGCCUUUGAUUUUGCCUCUAAAUUGCUUAAGUUAGACCCUAAUGAACUUUUGAAUGUGUUCCAAUGGAAGAAACUUAAAGAUCCCGAGACAGGAAGAAUCAUUAGGAUGCCAGUUUCUUUGGAAGCAGCUUUUCAGACCAGAGAUUCAAUGGCAAAGGCAAUUUACUCCAAACUAUUUGACUGGCUAGUUUUCAGAAUUAAUAAGUCCAUGACUAAUGGGUUGAUUAAUAAUGGUGUGGUGGGUACCGGACAAGAUCAUCUUUCCAAAAAACUAUUCUCGGGAAGAUCUAUAGGACUUUUAGAUAUUUACGGUUUCGAAGUCUUUGAUUGUAACUCAUUUGAGCAAUUUUGUAUUAACUUUAGUAAUGAAAAGCUCCAACAACAAUUUAAUCACCAGAUGUUCCAGGAGGAGCAACAAGUUUAUGAAGGAGAAGGUAUCGAUUGGACAAGGAUUGAUUUUAUUGAUAACAAGGUAAUUAUAGAUUCUCUUGAAAAGAAACCUAAUGGUAUUUUUCCACUCCUGGAUUCCGAGUGCUUAAUGCCUCAAGGAUCAGAUUCAUCAUUUUUGAAUAAGAUCUUAAAAUUAUCAGGAGAUUCAAAUAAAACUCACAAUGAUAAUCAGGUUAUUUAUAAACCAAGUAAAAUGUCAAACAGCAGCUUUGCUGUAUCACAUUAUGCUGGGCCAGUAAUAUAUGAUACUAGAGGAUUCUUAGAAAAGAACAGAGAUCAACUACAUUCAGAUGUUACUGAGCUUCUGAGAUCUUCAGAAUCCUGUUUAAUUACUGAGUUAUUUGAUUCCAAACCAUCUUGUGAUAGUCAGGCAAAAAGAUCUUCAAUUUCAAGAUCCGGUACCGGCAUUAAGUUAGGUGAAGAUAUUUCUUCAAAUAUUAAUACAAAUACAGUUAAUAGGCCAAAGGGAAUUUUAAUUACAGUGAGUGGAGCCUUUAGAGAUCAGCUUAAUGGGUUGAUUGAGACUUUGAAUAGUACAUCUCCCAGUUAUAUUAGAUGUAUAAAGCCAAAUAGUAGAAAGGCUGUACAUGAAUUUGACAGCCUGGAUGUAUUACGUCAAUUAAGAUGUGCAGGUAUGCUUGAAAGUAUAAGGAUCAGAAGAUCUGGAUAUAGUGUAAGGAGAAAGUUCAAGGACUUUUACAACAGAUAUAAGAUCCUUUAUCCUUCUUUUGAAUCUCAUGAUUUUACUGGAGCAAAGAAUUAUUCUUUGAUUUGCAAGAAUAUAUUAGAGAAGCUUCAGAGUGAGCUUCAGGAGGGACAGGACGAGACAGAAAGAAGAAAAUGGGAUAACUCAUGGCAGAUAGGAAAAACACAGGUUUUUGUUAAGGAUUCCCUUCAAACUCAGCUGGAACGUUGUGUAUCUGAGGCUUGUAACAAAUAUUGUACAAGUAUCUCAGCAGCUUGGAGGAUGUAUAGGGCAAAGAAAGAGUAUAAGAAAAUUAAAAAAGCCUCAGUAAACAUUCAAUCAAGCUGGAGAUCAUUCCAAAUUAGGAAGUCUUUCUUGGAAAUAUUAGGAUCUAGAAUUAAAGCUGCAAAAAUCAUUCAAAAGGCCUACAGAGACCACAUGAAAAUAAAGAAGCAAAUUAUACAAGAAGAAGUAAGUAAUGCACAAGAAUUUGAUGUGGUACCGAAAAAUAUUGAAAAUGAUCAAAAGGUAUCGAAAUUCAAAGUUAAGACGGAAAAUAAUGAGACUCAAGAUCAUGGUCAAAAUUUGUCAACAAAUACAGUUCCAACUAAUGUUUCAAGACUUUGGGAAAUUUUGGAUUCUUUACAAACAAAUAAUGACAAAACCAGGCAGGAUUUGGAACAGAAUAAAGAGGUGGUAGAAAGAAAGGAUGAGGAGAUCGCGAAUUCAAAGAUAGAAAUAGGUUCCUUAAAAGACAAGAUAACUUUAUAUGAAGGCCAAAUUAGCUCUUUAGAGUCUAAGAUUAAGUUAAUGGAAUCUGAACAUCAGAGGAUUAUAAGUGAUUUGGAGUAUAAGAUGGAGAUAUCAAAGAUAUCUAUGGAGACAGAAACCAAUAAGAUCUCAGAAUCUUAUGAAUCUCAAAAGUCAGAUCUAAAUAGUAAAAUCCUGGUUUUGGAGCAGAAAAUGGAGAUAGAGAAGAACCGGGUAUUAUAUUUGGAACGACUUUUGGAGCAGUCUGACAAGGAUCUGUCAGCUCUCAGGAAUCAGUUUUCCGCAGAAAUUGAAGAUAGACAGCAUGAAAGAGAUUACUGUAUGAAAGAGACUGAAAGGUACCGCGAAACACAGGUAAAACUACAAAAUCAGCUUUCUAUGUUGGAGCAAUCCAGAUCAGCGGCACUAAAAAGUGUGGAAGAUUUAAAUAAAUUUAAGACAAGGGUUCAAGAACUUGAAAAAGAGAACUCGGGCCUUAGACAGGAGCUUAAUGAAAAGAAUGAUAAGAUUUCCCAGUUGGAAACAAUAAACCAACAACUUAAAUCUUCAAAACAUUUGAGAUCCCAAAAAUUAGACCAUAACUACUCAAACAUAGUGAGUAAAUCCGAUAUCUCCACCUCUGAAGAUGCCUUUUCUCUAAGUGGUAGUUUAACUCCAAACUAUUACCAUAUUCAUCCAUCAUCUCAAAAGUCAUCAGCAAGCUCCUUAAGAUUAGCAGAACUGGAAGGUCAAUACUCUGAACUUGCUGAUAUAAAUAACCAAUUAAGAGAAAAUGUUGAAAUCCUUGAGGAUGACAAAGCCACUCUACAAAAGAGGAUUCUUGAGCUUUUUGUGGAAAGGAGAACAUUAAUGGAUGAAAAUAAGUCUCUAAAUGUAAGAGUUCGUCAAAAGUCUACCCAAGUUGAUGCUCUUAAAUCCACUUUGACCGAACUCAGAAACACUGCAGAAAACAGUUUGAAUGAGAUCAGAAGUGAAUGGGAAAGCUGUGUUCAGAGACUUGAAGCUACACAAUAUGCUUUAAUGGAAUCCAGCAAAGAAUUAGAGGUCGUUAGAUCUGAAAGAGACGAGCUUUUGGCCUGUCUAGACGACGUACAACACUUCACAGAAGCCACAAUGAAAAGAAGACAAAGAUCUUUGACUUCUUGCAUUACUGCAAACGAUCCCAGCCUUAUUGCAGCUGAUUCUUCUGAAAUUUCAAGUUAUAUUCCUUAUGACAACAAUGUUGACUCCUCGAACAACCUUAAUGUCAUAAAUAGUCACUCCCCUAUUGUUAACUCAUUCAGAAGAAAACAUAACAAAGGUUCCGAGAAUUAA